AUGUCCAGCAUCCCUGUCAUGCUGAGGGACAGUCCAGUCCGGGGCUUCUUCCCCCGCCCGCAUCCUUUCAGCUUCCCGGGGACGCACAGCCUCCCCCACCCGCUCAAGUCGCUCGGUCGGCUGGUGUCGGACACCUCCCUGCCUCUGGGCCUCCCCGGCGGUACCUUCCACAACCAAAGCCCCCCGGUUCUUCACGAGCACAUGAUGCUGAGCGCGUUCCCGUACAACGCGAGCCAGGUGUUGGCCGGACACGCGCUGUUCUCCAAGCCGGAGGAGCUGGCCGCCGUGGUGACGGAGCACGCAGCCGGUCCGCUGUCCGCGGACUUCAGCAGCCCGGCCAGCGGGAGGUCCUCCUCCUCCUCCAAGGAGAACCUGCACGGCCUGCAGGGCGCACAUCUGCCCCCGGAGAACAAGGCCACGUCUUAUAACUUCAGCGAGGACGACUUGUUCCUGGUGCUUUAUGGGUACUCGAGCGGGCGGGAGCGCAGCGUCGGGCACGCCAUAUCAGGGGUGACCCUGCCUGGAAACGCAGAGCCGCACAUUCCUCUCGACAAAGAAACGCUUGGCCUCCCAGAAGGGUUAAUCGUACUGCAGGCUACUUGGGGAAAUGCCUCCCACUGUGGGGUUUUCACGGAUAAAAGCAGCAUCCCCAAAGGCGCGCGCUUCGGACCUUUUCAAGGAAAACUGGUCAACACGAGCGAGAUCAAAACCUAUGACGACAACACGUUAAUGUGGGAGGUGUUUGAGAACGGCCGGCUGAGUCACUUUGUGGACGGCAGAGGCGCGUCCGGAAACUGGAUGUCUUUGGUGAAGUGCGCGCGCUUCCCGGAGGAGCAGAACCUGACCGCGGUGCAAGUCCAGGGCCAGAUCUUCUACGAGGCCUGCAAAGAGGUCGGGCCUGGCCAGGAGCUGCUCGUGUGGUACGGAGACUGCUACGCGCAGUUCCUCGGGAUCCCGCUCACCCUAAAGGACCCCAGAGAGGACAGCAGCGCGCCCCCCCUCACAGAAGAUGCCGGGGAGGGCUUCAAGUGUGACAGAUGCGGGAAGGUGUUCGCCUACAAGUAUUACAGAGACAAACAUCUGAAGUACACGCGCUGCGUGGACCAAGGGGACCGGAAGUUCCCCUGUCAUCUGUGCAGCAGAUCGUUCGAGAAGAGGGACAGGCUGCGGAUUCACAUUCUGCACGUGCACGAAAAGCACAGACCUCACAAGUGCUCAGUCUGUGGAAAGAGUUUCUCUCAGUCUUCCAGCCUCAACAAACACAUGCGCGUGCACUCCGGAGAGCGCCCUUAUAAGUGUGUCUACUGCAACAAGGCCUUUACUGCCUCGAGUAUUCUGCGCACGCACAUCCGGCAGCACUCUGGUGAGAGGCCCUUUAAAUGCAAACACUGCGGGAAGGCCUUCGCCUCCCACGCAGCCCACGACAGCCACGUCCGCAGGACCCACGCCAGGGACAAACUGUACCCAUGCGGACUGUGCGGGGCAUCUUUUCAGGAGGAACAGGAGCUGAAAUACCACGGCAAAAUACACACAAAGAGACAAAUGGAAACCACGGCAGUCCAGUCUCCUGGAGCUGGAGUGGAGGAGGACUCCACGUUACCGAUGAAGGACCUCCAUAAUUUACAGAAGAAUCCUGAAAAGAGCUUCUCCUUUCCCGGCUUAACAGUUUUAAACUCUGAAUAUCGGCCCUGGAACUGA